AGAGUUAAUUAUUUUUAUUGGUUGCACUUCCUGCAAGUAUGCUUGCUAUAAGAUUUUUUCAAAUUUUAUAAAAUGUCAACUUUUCAACCAUUAUUACAUGAAACAUUUAAUUCAAUUCUUCCAAAAAAUACAAUAAAUGGUAACAAUUUGGAUAUAUUAGAUGAGGUUAAAAACGGUGGCUUUGAUAGAAAAAAAGAACUAAAUAAAAUGUCUCCUAAUGAACAAUUUUCUAAAGAUUUACUUCACAAUAUUGAACAAAAUAGUAUAAAUAAAAAUGGAGCUAAUAAGCGUACACCGCCACCUAAACCACCUAGGAUAAGUAGAAAUUCAAGUGUAUUAUCAAACAUUUCUAGUGGAUCAACAUCACAUGAUUCUCUUGAAAAAGUUUGCACAAAUUGUCAAUGUGACAAAGUUGACCAUGAGAUUGAGGGAAGCGAUUUAGGCAAUGGCUUUAAAUUGAAAGGUGUUAGCAUUAUUGAUGACAAUACUAAGUUAGCACCUAAAGAAGUAGAACAGUACUUGUGGGUUCCACCUGGUUUAGAUGAAGAUUUGAUUGAACAGUAUUUUUCUGGUCUUCCACAAGAAAAAGUACCCCAUUUUAACAAUCCAGAAGGAAUAAAGUAUCAUAACAAACAACUAAUUUUGCAAAUACCACUUCAAGAUUCAAAUAUAGAAAGUAUAACCACCCUAACUCCUAAAGAAAAAUAUUUACUUGAUGCCUUUAAAAGAGAAAGGGACCCAGAAAUAUCUGUGGGGAAAGUGAUACAGGCAAAGGAAAAUUUGAAAUGCAAGAACUGCAAACAAACUAUUUUUGAGGAUGAUGUUUGUGUUGAAGGGGGUCCUUCUAAUAAAGAAUAUACAUGGCACCCAUCUUGUUUUACUUGCUUUCAUUGUAAUGAGCUUCUUGCUGAUCUAGUAUAUGGUUACCGUAAAAAACAUAUUUUUUGUGUAAGACACCAUGCUGAGCAAAUUAAACCAAGAUGUGUAAUGUGUGAUGAGUUAAUAUUUGGUGGAGAAUAUGUUCGUACAGAAGAUAAAGCUUAUCACUCUAAUCAUUUUAUAUGUUCUUACUGUGAAAGAGGGUUAACUGGUGAGCAACAUCUUGUUGAUCAAGGACUGCCUAUUUGCAUAAUGUGCUAUGAUGAAAAAUAUGCUUCCAUAUGUCAUAUGUGUGGCAAGACAAUAGGAGUGGAUGAAGAAGAUGUUAUAUAUGAUGAUGAACAUUGGCAUGAUGCAUGUUUAGUUUGUACUCAUUGUCAUUGUAAGUUAAGUGGCACAAGUUUUGUCGUAAAGGAUGACAAUUUUCUUUGCUCAGAAUGUUACCAAAAAACAGAUGACAAGCGGUGUAAAAGAUGCAUGAAAGGUUUUGAACCUGGUGUUAAAAGAUUGGAGUUAAAAGGGGAUUUUUGGCAUGAGAAUUGUUUUGUAUGCGAUAGUUGCAAGAAGCCUAUUACUUCAAAAAGAUUUAUUCAUCAUGAAGGAAAGCAAGUGUGUUGUCCUUGUUUUGAUCUUUACUUCGCUAAGCGUUGUGGAAAGUGCACUGAAGUAUUACGAGAGGGUGGCGUUGCUUGCGGUGGAAAUUUUUAUCAUCGAGAUUGUUUUAUAUGUGAUAACUGUUCAGAUCCUAUUUCUAGUCAACCGUUUCAGCAAAAAGAUGGAAAGAGGUUCUGCACUCCUUGUUAUAAAUCUCUAUUUGCUAAAAAAUGCACAGCUUGUGGCGAUUAUAUUAUAAACGGGGAGUUUUACACUGUAGAUGCAGAUAACUGGCACAAAAAUUGUUUCCGAUGCGUGACAUGUAAUGAAAUAUUAUACAGACAAUCAUUUGCUCAAGAAAACGGUGUUAUCAAAUUAAUAUGCGAAAAUUGCCAGGAUCAGUAAAACAUAUCAAGCUGAUAAAAGUUUAAAAAUAUAAUUUUAUUAUCUGAUAUUUUAGCUUUGAAAAAACUUCAUAGUUAAAGCACAGUAACAUGAUUUUAAUAUUUUAUACUCAUUUUUCAUACCUUUUGACAUCCAGACUUUUGGUAUCUUGAUUUUAAUGUAAAUAUGAAAAUAUUUUAAUUUUGAGGUUCACUUGGCAAUCAGUUGCAAAAUUCGCUUCGUUAAGAUUUGCACAAACGAAAAAACGUUUAGAACGAGUUUUUCUAUAUUUUAAUUUUUAAUUUAAAUUGUCUGGUCAGUAGAGACGUAAAACUUUUUUACUUUAGUUUGUACGGUUGAAUAUUUAUCUAUUAGGUUGUAUAUUUGGUUUAUUGUACAUUUGAAAAUUUAACAAAUAGUAAAUUGUUUGA